CCAAUAACCAUAACCAAUCAAAAAGAAAAAGAAAAUCCCAACCAUAAAAGCUCUCAUACAACAUCCAACCAUAAAAGCUUUCAUACAAUACAUCAAACACUUGUUAGUUCUUGAAGCAACAAUAGCAUCCUUACCAAGUGAGCAACACCACAUCAAAAGAAAAACAAAAGAAAUGAAAAGAAACCCACUUUCCACACCAUCAUUGCAAUCAAAUCCAACUACAAAAACAUCCAUAUAAUCUGCAAUACCUUGUUCAUCACCUUUCUUGAAUCCUUUUGACACUUAAGGAAGAAAAAAGAAUAUUCAUCUCUCAGAGAUUGAUAAUUCAGCAAAGCAGAGAUCAAAGAAAAACAAAAAUGGAGAUUGAGCAGGUAAAGUGUGAGUGUUGUGGACUAAAAGAGGAUUGCACACAAGACUACAUCAGUCAAGUGAAGGCCAAAUUUGAUGGGAAAUGGUUAUGUGGGUUGUGCUCAGAAGCAGUUAGAGAUGAGGUUAGCAAAGGCAGCAACAAGUCAUUUGGUAUGGAAGAAGCUGUGAGAGCUCACAUGUCAUUUUGUGGCAAAUUCAAAUCCAACCCUGCAAUUAGAGUAGCAGAUGGGAUGAGGCAGAUGCUUAGGAGAAGAUCAGACAUGUCCUCAUCACCAUCAUCUUCCUCACCAAAGAAGUAUACAAGAUCAGCAAGCACAUCCCAAGUGGGUGAUUCUUCUUCUUUCUCAUUGUACUAAUUGGAAACAGAGGAGGUGGCAAUGGCAUAUGUUUCUUGGUUGGAAUAAUUAUAUUAUAUAGAUAUGAAGGUAGUUAAUUUCAUGGCUUAUGAGUUAUGUUUCUCUCACUCAAUCUUUAGACUUUUAAGUCUUGUACAGGGGGAUUUUUUAUUCCUAGCUUUGCUUUAUCAUGUUCCAUUUGAUAUGGGGUAUGUUUCACUCUUCUUUUCUUGGUCAGAGAGAUUAAAACUGCUAAAAUGAAUGAGGAAACUAAAUCCAUCAUC